CACAGGGCACCAGAAAAACCCAGAAAAACAUUCUACACUCGUUUGGACUGGACGUUGAUUUUAAUUGCCGUACGCACGUGAUCUAGGGACUGGGAAAACAAAUUAACGCUAAACGAAUUCUUUUGUUGUUGAAAAUAACCGCCAAUUAAGACAUCCCAGAAUGUUGUGCGCCUCCCUUACUCUAAUUUUGUGCGCAGUAGCCAUACUUCCGGCUAACGCAGGUGAAAGUACUGUAGACGACGGUCAGGUUCAGCUUACUCCUGAAAUAAUUCUUACCGGGGAAAAGUAUGUAUGCGAAAAAAAUCCUUCCAAGCACGGAUAUGCAUAUUAUGGAAUCCGCUACGGCAAUGCCAAAAGAUUUAAACCAUCAGAAGUUAACACGGAUUAUUCGUAUUUAAGUAGUCCAACUCGUGGCCCAAAACAGGGCUACGUUUGCCCGCAGCAUCCCAUGGCUUUUCCGGGACUUCCGAUGCGUAAUUUAUCAAUGAGUGAAGACUGCUUAUACCUGGAUGUAUACGUUCCACCAAUUAGUAAAGAGAAACCGGCGGCAUUUCCUGUUUUGCUUUGGAUCCACGGCGGCGGAUUUCAGUUUGGUGAAAAGGAUCUCUAUAAUGCUACGGGGCUGGCCGCCGCCAUUGAUGCAGUCGUGGUCACCAUAAAUUACCGUCUUUUCGCUUUUGGAUUUUUGACUACCGGCGAUGGCGUUCUUAAAGGCAACUAUGGACUUGGCGAUGUUAAAACCGCCCUGAAAUGGGUUAAGCAAAAUAUUAGGAAAUUCGACGGAAAUGCCGAUGCCAUCACUAUACUGGGAGAAAGUGCUGGAGGCGCUCUCACAUCGGCUGCGUUUCUUGAUAAAAACGUUCGCGAAAACGUUCGCGCCGCUAUCGCUAUGAGCGGCAGCAUGCUGACAGUAUGGGCCAUGAAUCACGAUGCAAAACUCGGUGUCGUGACCUUGGCAAAUCUAUUGGGAUGUCCGGUAAAUCAAGGCACUGCCUCGAUGGCGCAGUGUAUUGAAGAAGCGCCGUUUGAGAAGAUACUGAAUGUGUCCACAGGAAUUGGAAAAAAUAUUACGAUGCAAUUUUUGUUCGCUCCGGUAGUCGAUGGAGAACAGUUGAGUGACAAACCCGCUCAAAUGAUACCAAAACAGGAAAAUUCGGAUUCUAAAGCAAAUUUCAUCACUGGAUUCUUGCGCGAAGAUUCUUCGUUAAUUUUGGCUAUGAUGAAUAGGGACCUGUUCGCCCCAAAUGCUACAUUUAAUCACGAGACUGCCAAGAAACUUGUUUCGAACGCCAUCCGCCUGUUAUCGCCGUGUGACCUUUCGGAUACAGUCGAACAAGUCCUGGAGCAAUAUAAAAUUGUGGAAAGCGACGAACGCCGGGAUUUGAUACGAAAAGUUUAUCAUGUAACUACGGAUCUGAAAUUCGGCUUUCCGGCGAUUCAAGAAGCGUUGUUAUAUGCCAACAGAACCUUUUCCUCUUCUGUCCCGAAUCAGCUGUACCGCAUAUCCUACGAUCCACAAUAUCAAGGCUUAGGAAGCUUCCAUGUUCUCGACGUCGUGCUCUUGUUUUCUGGCCAGUUAAAGGCUCUAUUGGCUAACCAGACUGUUGACGAUCAGGUUGUCGCUGAUUUUCGAGAAAUGUUUCGCCAAGUUGCCCACACAGGGCGUAUAGACGGCCCUGAUGUCGGCACGGAAGUGAAAUACAUGGAAUUUGGUCAGUCUGGGAAAUGGGAAACCGGCACGGAUGAUUUUAGGGGCACUGUUAAUUUCUGGUCUAACAUUAUACAGAAUUCUCGAAACUGUUCUGCAACCAAAUUAAAAGAUAUUUCUUCCGGAAAAUAACUAUUAAACGUUUUGGGCAUUGGAAGAGUUUUACUAGAGUUUUGUGCCGCGAAGUUGUAUUUUCUGACUACUACCACAUCAGCAGCCUUGUGCUGUUAAAAGGCCGUUGCUGUUGUUUGAAGAAUCAUAAAGACGUUAUAAAAUGA